UAUACCCCCAACACAAAGCUCACACCAAAACCAACCUCCUUUCAUUCAUCUUCACACACAAAAACAAUGGCUUCUCCUCUUUCAAUUCUCUCUCUCUUCCUCUCUUUCCUUCUCUUCAAUUCUUCAUCAUCUUUAACCACCAACCCUUCUUUACCUCUGAGAAAAACCGGCCACCAACUGAUCAGAGACCUCAAUUUGCACCCGAAUCCUGAAGUCAACUUCUUUAACACACACACAACCUCUUUUGAUGACAAUUUUAAAGUAUCUGAAUCCAAGAUUUUGGAGAAACGAUUGAAGUUCCAUGUUCAUGGUGAACCUGGUGCAACUGUUAAUGACCUGGCUCACCACGCAGGAUAUUAUCAUCUUCAACAUACAGUAGAUGCAAGGAUGUUCUACUUUUUCUUUGAAUCAAGAAAAGCCAAAGCUGACCCUGUGGUCAUAUGGCUGACAGGAGGACCAGGGUGCAGCAGUGAACUGGCUCUGUUUUACGAAAAUGGUCCUUUUAAAAUUACCAACAACAUGUCUCUUGUCUGGAAUGAUUAUGGCUGGGAUAAGGUUUCAAACAUGCUAUAUGUUGACCAACCUACUGGAACUGGUUUUAGUUAUAGUUCCAGUGGUGAAGACACUCGCCAUGACGAAACUGGUGUUAGCAAUGACCUCUACAACUUUUUACAGGCGUUCUUCAUGGCCCAUCCCGAUUAUGUCAAUAAUGACUUCUACAUCACGGGAGAAUCAUAUGCAGGACAUUACAUUCCGUCUUUCGCUUCAAGAAUAAACCAAGGAAACAAGAACAAAGAAGGAAUUCAUAUAAACUUGAAGGGAUUCGCAAUUGGAAAUGGGCUAACUGAUCCGGGAAUCCAGUAUCAAGCAUAUACGGAUUACGCUUUAGCCAAUAAUUUAAUUUCAGAAUCAGAUUAUAACCAAAUAAGCCAACGAAUCCCAAAUUGUGAACAAGCAACCAAACGAUGUGGCACAACGGGAACAGAUACAUGCCAAUCGGCCUUAUAUGUUUGUCAACAAAUUUUUGAGGAUAUACUUUCGAUAACAAACAAUAUAAAUUAUUAUGAUAUAAGAAAGAAAUGUGAGGGUAACUUGUGCUAUGACUUCUCAAGAGUGGAAACUUUUCUAGGACAAUCAUCGGUUAAAACAGCAUUAGGGAUACCAAAAAAUAUAGAUUAUGUUUCAUGUAGUGAUGGAGUGUAUGAGGCAAUGAUGAAUGACUGGAUGAGAAAUCUUGAAGUAGGGAUUCCAGAACUUCUAGAAGAGAAUGUGAAAUUGCUUGUAUAUGCUGGAGAAUAUGAUCUUAUUUGCAAUUGGCUUGGGAACUCGAGAUGGGUUCAUGCCAUGUCAUGGUCUGGACAGAAAGAUUUUGUUGCAGCUUUGAAUACUUCAUUUUUAGUUGAUGGAAAAGAAGCUGGGAUUAUAAAGAAUCAUGGACCUCUUACUUUUAUUAAGGUUCAUAAUGCUGGACAUAUGGUUCCUAUGGAUCAACCUAGGGCUUCAUUACAAAUGUUGGAAUCUUGGAUGACAGAGAAACUUAACCCUUUAAGGAAGGGUAAGGUUGCACGACUGUAAAAACAAAAAAGGUUUAAUUUUGUUACAAAUAUACAUGUAACAGUUGAAAGUAUUUGCUGUUUGUGUGCAUAUUUACUUAAAAGGAGGAAAAAGGUGGAAACUUUACUUGUAAUUAGACAGCAAUAUUUAUUGGGAAUGUUAUAUGAAAGAAGUAAGAAGAAAUUUGUUGACAUAAA